UAUACCCAUCAGAUGUGUGGUAUAUUCGGUCUCUUGUUGAAUUGUCCAACAACAAUUUGUUCAAAACAUUUUUUCGAGUUUCUUCAGUGAUCUAAUUUCAGUCACAUACAUGUAUUUAAUAAGGUUUAUUAAAGAAAAAAAGUUUCGGUGAUGUAGUGGCAGGGUCUUGUCAUGACUUAAUACACAAUUAUCACACCUUCUAUUAACCCUAUGACAAUGUUCUGUGUGAUGUUAGGUAUAUAUACAGUAAUAACAACACAAUUGGAAAUUGGGGAUUGAGAGACAACUGAAAAUUAAUGGAAAUGAGAUACUACUGAAAAUUAAUGGAAAUGAGAUACUACUGAAAAUUAAUGGAAAUGAGAUACUACUGAAAAUUAAUGGAAGUGAGAUACUACUGAAAAUUAAUGGAAGUGAGAUACUACUGAAAAUUAAUGGAAGUGAGAUACUACUGAAAAUUAAUGGAAGUGAGAUACUACUGAAAAUUAAUGGAAGUGAGAUACUACUGAAAAUUAAUGGAAAUGAGAUACUACUGAAAAUUAAUGGAAAUGAAAUACGGUACUACUGAAAAUUAAAGGGUAAUGAGAGCUAGACUAAUGAAAGUAAAGGGAAUGAGAGAAUGAAAAUAAAGGGAAUGAGAGACUAAAGGAAAUAAAGGGAAUAAGAGAUUACCAGAUAAUGAAAGUAAAGGGGAAAGAGGACAAAAGAAAAUAAAAGAGAAUGAAAGAAAGAAAAUCAAGAGCAAUAAGAGACACAAAAACAAAGGGAAUAUGAUGGGUAAAUCAGAGACAGUUGAAAAGAAUUUAAAUGUACCUUCUGAAAAUAAAGUAGAUUGAGAGAUAAUUGAAAAUAAAGCAAAAGUGAUACUAUAAAGAAAAUGUAUUUGAAGAUAAAAAAGAAAGAAUAUCAACCAUGGUGAUAAUAAGUACAUCACUUUAAUUACCUGCUCAAACAAUGUUUUGAUUUAUUUACCUUUACCUGUAUACAAUGAAUGAAAUUGUAACUAAUGAAUCACUUUAUCACUAGCCCUCCACCUCUGGGUUGCGAGUUUGAAACCUAGGUGGGGCAGUUGCAAGGUACUGACUGUAGGCCGGUGGUUUUUCUCUGGGUUUCCUCCACCUCCAAAACCUGGCAUGUCCUUAAAUGACCCUUGCUGUUAUAAGACCUUAAAUAAAAACAAACCAAGCUAAUAGUUGAUACACCAAUUCUGUACAGAAUAGCUUGAUGACUAACCAGAUAAUUAUGUCAUCCCACCAUACUUAUUAUAGGCUGAAGCCCUAGGGAGCCCCUCAAGGGGUGAUUACAUAUAUUGAUUUAAUACAAACAGGUUUUUGAUGGCAGGUGAUGUAGGCUUAUCAAUUAUAGACCGGUUUUGCAUAGUUCCCACUCAAGUAGCCAUUUUUGUAGUGUUAGCUAGGUGUACAGGUAAACGUCCCACCACCAGACAACACAACCAGAUAACACAACCAGAUACUAGCUGUGUAGGCAGUAUUUUCUAUGUAUAGGAGCGGACUUGCACUUUUUGCAGUGCGAGAAUGUUAUUUGGAAUGGAGUUGGACGUUUGGUCACAGUUCAGUUGACAACGAGGUGAGGAGACUUUAAACUAGUCGAACAACUUUAAUACCUGGCAUAUACACACUAGUAAGUUGGUGAGGGGUUACAAAUAGAUGUGUAUACAGCCAGGCCUGUUAUUGGUGAAACACAAGCUGGAAUAUAUUAUCUUGCUCCAUGUGUUUAACAGGAAGUAGUAUUUGGCAAUACACAACAGAUCUGUCCAACUUGGCUACACGGUUUACAGUGGACAUUUAACGGUAGACAUUAUAAAUCUGUUACAUGGUAAACGUGUAAUGUGAUUUUAUGAUAAUCAACUGGAAGUGCUUUUAAUCAAACCGACAUGUUUGCAUAAGUACGAAGGGAAAUCUUCUGUUAUGGGAGACAAUCGUGCAGUACUUCAAAGGUAUGAACACAUUUGACACUACCAGGAGUAAUUUGAUACAGAAUUUUGAAUAUGUCUAGAUCCCAUGAACAUACAAAAGCCUUGAAUGAUUUGGCCCAGCAUACAGGGGACAACACAAACGACAGGCUUGAGCGACUCAAGAAAAUAGAAAAGCUGAGGCUUCAGGGAUAUCAGAAACUUAGAUCUCUGACUGGAGAAAAAUCUGGAACACCUAUAUCUCCAACACGACGAUCCUAUAGUAACUUUUCUUCAGAAACAUCUCCCAGUGUGUAUGGGAGUUUAGGCCGAAUCAAUCACCUUGGAGGUGUCAAACCUAAAUCCUAUUCAUCACAGUCGUAUCAGACAGAGCCACGAAAAACCAGGUCAUCAUCGCUUUCUGAUGAGGAGGGAGACUACCGACCAAAACAUUUGUUAAGGUCACGCAGUGCUACAACAGUGUCCGAUGCAGCACUGUCGGCUUUUGAGUCCACUGAACAAAACAUGUCCAAUCCAACAGGGGCAGUUGAUGAAUAUUGGAAAGAGGGAGAGGAUAGUUACAAUGAGGAUGAUGAAAACAUUGAGGAUUUCAAAAGAAGCUUGUUUGGAGAUAUUGGUGCAUAUACAAACAAAACCUCACCCAGAACUGAUGGAACAUUACAAUCAUUUUCCCUCUCUAGGGCAUGGUCAUCGGGUGGGGCAGACUAUGACGAUCCUUCCUUAAAGGGAGGAGACAGCAGAGAUGCUACAGAGGAUAGUGGUGUAGAUAUCAGCAUGUUUCCUUCAUAUGACCCUGAAUUUCUUGGAAUGAAUUAUGGUGAAACAUUUGAGAAUCCUCAUAACGGAAGCACAAUACGGAAAUCAUUCUCCAGAGAUAGGGGUAGACAACCUUUGUUACGUUCCUUUUCAUCUCAACAAGAAUCAGUACAAGGAUCAGGUCUUUCAUCAAUUGAUUACACUGAUCCAAAGAUCUCAAGGCUGGACUCAAUGCAUCUUACAGAUAAGUUUUCAGCCAAUCAGGAGAGACAAAAACGGAUUGAGUCUGCUCUUGACAAUUUAUUUUCAUCCUCGAGAGCUAGCGAUGAGAGUACUUCAGUCUCAUCUGAUAGACGUGUAUAUGAACGUGGGGGCAGUAGGACCAUGUCCAGCACAACUCCUAGGUAUAGUGACCGAUAUACAUCUAAAACAGAUUCAUACAGUCUGAGUGAAUCAUCUUAUACUCAAAGAGGCCUUUCCUCUAGAGAUUACACAGCUAGGAAUGCUCCAAGCGCUUCGUUAACAUCUCUACCUUCAGAACGGAAAAAAAUUGGUAUAAGUACAGAGACUGAAAGAAAACUGGAGGAGUUAUUCAAUACGCCUGCUACAAUUUCAAAUAGACCUGCAUUUACAUCUCGAUCACUAAGGACAGAGACUCCCUCGAUAAGGAACAGAUCAGAUCAGAUUGUUAUCACAAGAAGAAGAACUGAGGACCCUAAUGUAAGGAAACUAUCAUCAGGCUCCAUUUUGGAGCAAAAAAGAGACGAAUCAUUCCGCAUACCAGAUGUUCUGUCAACAAGAAUGCUAGAUAAUGAAAGUUAUGGCUCUGCUCCCAGGAAGGACCCUGGCAUGAGAAAUACUUCUGCUCAGUCAACACUUGACAAAAAACUGGACAAUUUAUUUGCUGUUCCAGAUGUUUUGUCAACCAAUGUGCCGGAAAAUAAAAUGUAUGAAACUGCACAGGAUACAAUUUCAAGCAGAACUGAAGGUUAUGACUUUGAUUACAAUGAUAUCUCUGAGGAUGUUGGUACAGUUUCAGCUCAAUCAUCACUUGACCAAAAACUAGACAGUUUGUUUGGUAGUUCAGACAUUCAUUCAACCAAAAUUAGGGAAAACAAAAAUUAUGAAACUGUAAGGAACAAGGUCUCUAGUAGACUUCUCAACAGCAAAGAAAAACCAACUCUGUCAUCAAUGUUAUAUGGAACAGAAAACAAAAGCAUGGAAUUAGAGGAGACAACUCCAAAUGGUCAACAGAGGGAAACCAAGAGGAAGAGGCAUCAAGGUCAGCAGGCUAUUCAGCAAUCUUACACCAAUGGUGAGGAUUCUUCGGAUGGUUCAGAGAUGAGCCAACAGCCUAAUCCUGCAGUAACAACUGCAGGUUCAGAGGUGAUUACUGGAAGUGUUGAUGUAGACAUGAGUAAAAAUGAGGACACGGUCAAAGGAGAAAAUACAGAAUCUUUUGACCAAGAACAUUCUGCAGCAGUAGAAACAAUGAGAAAUGUAGAAGUAGGUUUGGAGUAUGAACAGACAAAGGAGGAUGACAAUACAGAGAACAGUUUCCGUGGAGACAGUAUUGUCAUAAAUAGCUCAAAACUGGAAGAAAGUAGAUCAAAAGCUGAUUUAUUACAAGGAAAUAAGACAGAAGACAUUUUAUUCCAUCACAAUGAACAGCAAAGUCAAAGUUCAGAGAUGGUAAAUGUGGUUCAAGAAUUGAACAUUAUCGAGAGAAAUGAAGCAAUGGUUACAGAACAACAAAAAGCAACAAAUGGGAAGCAAACAGAAUCUAAAAAGGGUAAGAAAAAAUCCAAAGGUAAAAAAUCUAAAGGCAAGAAAGGGCAGAAGAACAUUGAAAAGGUGGCUGAGAAGGAAAUUACAAAAAAGGUCCCUGGUAAACCUGUUUUAGAAACAGACAUUGACUUUCCACUUGCUGAAGACGAUAAACAGGAUAUAACUAAGGAUUGUGAAAAUGAAGAAACUCAAAUUUCACCUUCAGAAGACAAAAUUGGUGGGAUUACAGAAAGUAUUCAGAUGGUUGAAAGCAAAAUUCAGACAAGGGAUAAAGAGAUUUACAUUCAGGCAGAGAACAAGGAGGAAGAGGAAAAAUACAUUCAGGCAGAGAACAAGGAGGAGGAGGAAAAAUACAUUCAGGCAGAGGAGAGCUCACAAACUGAUAUUCAGGCAGAAAAAGAAGUUUAUCAAAUAUCUGCUGAAGUUUUAGAAGAGACCCCCACUGUAGAAACAAACGUUGAAUCGGAGACUGUAAUAAAUAGUAAGUCGACCAUAGAAUCACAUGAAGCGGGGAGUGGUCAAGAACAAACAUCAUGGUUGAGGAGUAAAUUUAAUUCGCUUCUUCAUGGCUUCAGCGCAGAUUCCAGUGAGACUCGGAGUGAUGUACAACAAACAGCAAAAAGCAUUGACAUGGUUUCAGGAAAUGAAGAGUCCAUCUCAAAUGGGGAUGUAAAUGGUGUGACAUUUUCUGACACCGGUACUUUGAGUGAAGAUGACUUUGCUACUGCCUCUGAUGAUAGCACAGCAAAACACAGUGAUCACGACUAUGAUAUAAAAUACAGGCAAAGUGUUCUGGAUGCAAAUAUCAAAAACGAGAAAAAAAGUACUGAAACAUCAGAUGAAAGUGAUACAAUGGAUAUCUUCAGUGAAUUAGCAGCCACUACAGGAAUGUCACUGGAUAUCGACGAACAGAAUUCUGUCGAUAUGGAAGGACACGUUGUUUACAAGCGAGAGGAAGAAUUACUGAGGUAUGAAAAGGAAGAUACACCUGGACAAAUGCCGGAAUUUGAUGGAGAGGAAGAUGAUGUCAAACAACAGGAAAUGUAUAUGCAAAGUGAGGAAAGUGUAUGUCUGUAUGAUGAAUUCAUUGCAGUGAAGGAAAUGGAUUUAAAAGAUGAGGAAAAUAACAAUGAAUCAAAGAAACUUGGUGUGAAUCAAAUACAGGAAAUAGUACCAAGGUCAGACACAUCUGUUCAGAUGAACGUUGUUUGUACUACAGAAAUAUCCAUUCAGACCGAAAUGGAAGCAUGUCUGACCGCAGACAAAGUCAGUGCUCAUGUCCAAACACUGCCGCUGAAAGUGGACAAGUGGACACAGACAGAUACACAACUAGCUCCUGACAGCAAGGAGUUUGGGAUACAGGCAAGCCCUGCCACAGCUGAUCAUAGUGCCCAGUAUAAUGUCAGUGUAAGGGAAAAUGGUACUCAGAUUGUAAAUGAACUUGACACUAAUCUAGAUCUGGAUCAACUGAAAACGGAAUAUUUUGAUCAAGGAAAACCUGAAGGAAAAGUUUUACUGGAACAAGUGAAAUCAAAACUUCUCUCAUCUGAACAAGUUGAACUGGAAAAUAUCUCAUGUGAACAAAUAAAGCGUGAACAAAUAAAGCAUGAACAUCAUUCAUCGGAACAAAUUAAACUGGAACAUCUUUCAUCUAAACAAGAGGAGCAUAGGGCUGUUUUAAAAGUGGACCCUGUUCGCAUUGUAACUGAUAAACUCACACCAGAAUAUGCUGUUGCUGAGGAGGUGAAACAUGAACUUGUUGCCCCAGAACAAGUGAAACUUGGAGGCGGGCAAUUAUCUAAUACCACUGAGGAUGUUUCUGUGAUAGUGGAAUCUAAAGAGGACACUGUUAUCAAUGAACAUCCCACAGAAUCUUCAGUACACACAAAGGAAAAACUGUCAGCUAAAGUUGAUUGUUCUACCGCUGAAAAAGAAGACAGUCUCGCAAAUGUAUCAAUUGGUUCUACCACUGAAAAAGAAGACAGUCUCACAAAUGUAUCAAUUCAGAACUCCAUCGUUACUAAAAUCAUCCAAAGUGUUGAAGGUCAUACCACAACAAACACAGGUCAUAACACAAUGAACGAAGAUCAUACCACAACAAACGAAACUAUGAACACUUGGUCAAACAUUUCUGCUGCUAGUGAAAUAACCUUUACUUCUCAGGGUCCAGGGAAAAAGGUUCCUCCUCAAACACUUCCUAAGCGCCGUACAAAGCAUGGCUCUACAAGACCUUCAUCAAGACCCUCUUCAAUCGUGUCUGAAGGUGAUGGAUAUGAUUUUCAUACAAGUGGACAAAAUACUGCUUCUCUUGAAUCAUCUAGAUUUAACUUCAACAAGAUUCUACAGAAGACUGAUACUACAGAUGCAGAAAUGCCUUCUGAUAAGGGACAUGGGAUUGAAAAUGUCAAAACUAUUGAAACCGUGAUUGCCAAGUCCACUGCCCCAGGGCCAUUAUCCCCAGGUAAGGUUCCUACUGGGAGUAGCAGUACUCUAUUGACAAUGACAGUUGGACCAACAUCUCCUAGAGCACAGGAACGUAACAUGGACACUAAAGAGUCAACCAUGCUGGCUUCAUCAAAUGUUACUUCACCACGUUCGUCUCUUUCUGGAAUGGCGAGUCUUGGUAGCCAUAGCAACAAAGGUAAUGUUAAGUCACCUCCACCAGCUUUGUUGCCCAAAAGGAAGGCAACAUCUCAACUGCAGAUGCCAACUUCUCCAAAAUCACCUACUUCUCCUCGAACAACUGAGAAGAUGGAACUUGUACAGGAGUGUAAUGCUGUAUUUGCCAAACAGAUGAAAAUGAACAAUGGAAAGCAAGAGAUUGUUAAAGAACCUCUCAAUAGAUUAAAGGACAACCCUUUUAUUCGCAAAGAUGUCAAUGUCAAAGUGGGUCAACAAGAAUCUUUCUCAAAGAAAUGUGAGAUAUCUACGUCAUCAAAGCCUAGAACUUUAUCCAGCAGCCUGAAUCCAAAAUCACCAAAGGAUGAACGUAAGGGCACUGGAGACUUAACUGUACAGACUGAUGUGGUAAAACAUAAUGUAUUGGACAAAAAAGGCACUACCAGAGAUAUGGCUAAAGUAAAUAAAGAUGAUGCUGUAGACCUAAGUGUAUUGGACAGUAGAAGUCUGAGGUCAGAAAUCAUAAGACAGUCUUCAUCUCGAUUAAGUGCAAGGAACAUAGCAAAGAAAACAAAGAAAGUUGACAGCAUCAGAUCUAAACUGGAGACUUCAACUGACUCCUCAGGCAGAAACGAAACAUCCAGUUUGGUGAACAAAAUAAUUUCUGAUGCUGCAAAAUUUGAGGCCAAAUUCAGCAGUGGUUUAAGUCCAAAUGAUAAGGAAGAAGUUUCCAGUAAAACAUUUUCAGAACAGGCACCUUUGGAGAGGGAAAAUCCAUUCAUCCAGCCCACAGCUGAUAUCACAUUUUCCAGGAAAGUUUCUUCCGAUUUUAAUUCGGGUGAGGAAAAGUCUGUUUAUGUGGAGACCAGUUUUGAUGGAGAUGAGGUACAAACAUCUACAGUAUCACAGACAGGACAAAUUGCAUUACAGAUGAAUGAUGUAAGACAGGAGGCACAACCUUCUGAAGGAAUUCAACUGGAUACCAAAGUACUGGAAACACGGUAUUCUACAGUAAUGCAGACAGAUAAAAAAGGGGAACAGGAGAACAAAGUGGAACCUCCCAAAAGAAAACUUAUGGUACAGAUUCCACCUCCAGAAAAAACCGAAGAAGGACUGGAGUUAGUCCCUGACAGUCCUUCACUGGCAUCACUAGUAUCUUCUAAAUUAGAAGAUAUUGGUAUGGGAGAAAUCGCAACUGCUAUUGAAGAAACAAAAACUAAUCUGAAAUCUGACCAGCAAAAGGCAGCGAAACCCCCUUCACCAAAAACAGCGAAACCCCCUUCACCUAAAACAGGGAAACCCCCUUCACCAAAGACUACAAAGACACCACCGCCAAGACGUAACAGACCACUUUCACCAAAAGUUGGUAAAACACCACCAUCACCACAAAAUAGUAAAUCACCGAAACUUACUAUACCCUCAUCACCAAGGGGAGGUAAAUCAACGAGUGGAAGUACACCACAAUCACCAGGAGGCAAGCCACUGUCCCCACGAAAAGGACAGUCACCUUUAUCAAAGGCAAUGUUUGGAGAUAGGGAGAGUGGCCAACCAGGAAGUGAAAUAUCAGGAGAUUCUAUGAGUGGGAGAAGAUCCUCGGAGAAAACAGGCUCAAACUCUUCCAGGGCGAGCUCUGUGUCAUCUGAGGGUAGUUACUCUGCUGAGAAGGGUAAGAGUGCCAGGCAGGAAUCCUCAAAGUCUCGUCAGAAGGGUUCCAAAGAGAACCCUUCUGUACCAGACAAAUCUGAAGGUCAGAAGGGUACCAAAAAGGCCCCUCCUGUCCCAGAAAAACCUAAGAGAACAACAUCUUUGAAAAAGGACACACCUUCCCAUCUUAAGGACACAGAAAGUUCUGCUUUUAAGUCCAAGGGGAAAAGUGGUUUUUCUUUUCUGAAGGGAAGGAAAUCGAGUAAGUGACCUUGUAGUUUGCCGAGUGAGCCUUAUGUAUAUGCUUGCCAGGGACAAUUUGUAAUUCUUGCUUUGACAUUGACUUAGAUAUUGAAUGCAGUGCCAAGACUUGUGUAGCUAUGGUCACUCUAUACUGCUUCAAAGCCAAAUCUGUCCAAUGAUUAAUAUGAUGUACUCAUCAAUUUCCUGCAUGGACCUGUACACCGCAUGGUUUAAUUUGAUCUGCAGUGAGUUUGUACAUUAACAUUUAACUUUUCUAGUUUUGCUUUUAUAUUUACCUAAUUCAUUAAUGUUUUUGUUGUUGUUUUUCUUUAAAUAACAUUUCGAAAUGUUUCUUGGGAUGUGAUCUCUUACAUUUUACAGAUACACUGUAAUUUUUGUUUAGAAUCUGUCAAAGUUUAAUCUGAAAGAUCAUUGAAAUAUGCAGUGAUCUUGGUUUCAAAAUGUAUGUUAAAAAUCAAGGGUUUUUUCCCCACUAAUAUGCUUAAGUAAGAGUAAACUUUUAAACAGAGAUAUGAUUAAUGUGUAAGUCUGUCUCUGAAUUGAGUAAGAAAAAUAUAGACUGUUGCAAGGUUUUCUAUUUUAAAAAAGAAUUGUUUUAACAAAAUUUUUUUUAAACUUUUAUACACUCCAGUACUUCUAACAUAAUCACCGAAAACAAAUGUAAGAAUCACAUGUUUAACUAAACAUUUAAGGUAGAGGGUAUCACCAUACCAGUUCUAAUCAUGUAGAAUAAUUCUACUACAAAAGUAUUUUUUCUCUCUUUGAUAUGCUGUCCUUAAAUGACCUUUGCUGUUGAUAGGACACUUAAUAAUUCAAAACUAAAACCAUCCUUUUUAUAUGGCAAUAUUUUUUUUGUUUUGCUUAGAGUUACUUCCCCUUUAUGGUAUUGAUAUUUUAUGUAGGUCUAAGUUCUGAAUAUGUAAUAUUAAUCAGUUUAUGUGUUGUCAUUCAAAUAUCACAGUUCACCUUCUGUAAAUAUUGAUGGAAUUUUUUCCCCUUUUAUUUUAUUUUCUAAAUUUCAACAGAAAUUUCUGCAAUAUAUAUAUUUUUGUAAAACAUUGCUUUCUGAAAAUAAUAUUUUUGAUAGGUAUAAUGUUUUGAAUGGUACCCUUUACCUUAGCAUUAGUGCAUUUUAGUUGCCGAGUUGGAAGUUUUCUGUGACACUUCAGCAGGGUGUUAUUGAAACAUGCUAUGUUGGCACUAAUAGGUGUUGACUAAUCACCAGUUGACUGUAAUAUCAUGUUAGCAAUGCUUACUAAAGCAGCACAAUAAAACACUUGGUUGUGAUGUUACAAUAAAUACAUGGUAUGUACAGUUUAUCAGUCACAGCUCAUUGCUGGCUGAUUGACAUUUUUUUGUAUAGCACUGACAGCCUGACAAAUGUCAAUGUAAAGAUAUGACAUGUUUUUACCAGUUAUUGUUAGGGGAAAUUAUCCCAUGUAUGAAUGACAUUUAGGAUACUCAUGCACACUUUUAUUGGAUGAUCUUUGAAAGUUAUCGAAAUCAAAAUACCUAUUUCAAUUAAAGAACCCAGUAAUUAAAAUCUUACUACUGUAAAUGUAAUCAUGAUAGAAAAUUUAGAGAAGUGUAGAAAUUGUGGUCAAGAAAAUUUAGAGAAGUGUAGAAAUUGUGGUCAACUGUAUUAUAGCCUGAUGCAUCAUAGGGGGAAAUGCUGCAAUAUCUGUUUUAUAAUAGUGCAAAGUUAUUUUAAAUUUUUUUUUAUAUACACAAUGACAAUAACAUGUAUUAUACUAUUUGGAAUAUUUUAAUUGUUUAUCCAAGUACUUUUUGUAUUUACAUAUUUUUCAUAUCUUGCCAGACAUAAUGAUUGUUUUGAUUAAGACUGUAUGUGAAUACAUAUAUAUCAAGGUAGCUAAACUUAUGGUAAUCCAGGAAGGGUUGGGAAAUAUCCCCUCUAAAUUGAUUACACUUUUUGUAAGCCUUAUUUUUAACAGGCAAAGUAAGGAAAAUGUUUACACUUUUGUGAGACAAAUAUUUGUUUGGUAGGGUUGAAAAAGUGUUCUUUCCAUGUCACACCAGGUAUACCAAGUUUUAUCAGGUAGUUAGAAAAUAUUCCUUCCAUGCCAUGCCUGAAUUGUUUACGCUUACAAUACCAGGUUUUACCAGGUAAAUUCCAUUUCAUACCUGAAAUGUUAAGUAUUUUGUCUGAUCCUGUAUUGGCUUUGCUAUCAAACUAACAUCAAGUUUCGAGUAUGAAUUUCAAUAAAGUAAAUGUGUGGGUUUAAAAAUCAAAUAUAUUUAUUUACCAUGCUAAUAAAUAAAUACUGGUAACUUAAUUCUACAGUAUGGGUGGAGAUAGAUACUGGUAACAUUAUACUACAGUAUGGGUGGAGAUAGAUACUGGUAACAUUAUACUACAGUAUGGGUGGAGAUAGAUACUGGUAACAUUAUACUACAGUAUGGGUGGAGAUAGAUACUGGUAACAUUAUACUACAGUAUGGGUGGAGAUAAAUACUGGUAACAUUAUACUACAGUAUGGGUGGAGAUAAAUACUGGUAACAUUAUACUACAGUAUGGGUGGAGAUAGAUACUGGUAACAUUAUACUACAGUAUGAGUGGAGAUAAAUACUGGUAACAUUAUUCUACAGUAUGGGUGGAGAUAAAUACUGGUAACAUUAUUCUACAGUAUGGGUGGAGAUAAAUACUGGUAACAUUAUUCUACAGUAUGAGUGGAGAUAAAUACUGGUAACAUUAUUCUACAGUAUGGGUGGAGAUAAAUACUGGUAACAUUAUACUACAGUAUGGGUGGAGAUAGAUACUGGUAACAUUAUACUACAGUAUGGGUGGAGAUAGAUACUGGUAACAUUAUACUACAGUAUGGGUGGAGAUAAAUACUGGUAACAUUAUACUACAGUAUGGGUGGAGAUAAAUACUGGUAACAUUAUACUACAGUAUGGGUGGAGAUAGAUACUGGUAACAUUAUACUACAGUAUGGGUGGAGAUAGAUACUGGUAACAUUAUACUACAGUAUGGGUGGAGAUAAAUACUGGUAACAUUAUACUACAGUAUGGGUGGAGAUAAAUACUGGUAACAUUAUUCUACAGGUAUGGGUGGAGAUAAAUACUGGUAACAUUAUUCUAAGGUAUGGGUGGAGAUAGAUACUGGUAACAUUAUACUACAGUAUGGGUGGAGAUAAAUACUGGUAACAUUAUACUACAGUAUGGGUGGAGAUAAAUACUGGUAACAUUAUUCUAAGGUAUGGGUGGAGAUAGAUACUGGUAACAUUAUUCUACAGUAUGGGUGGAGAUAAAUACUGGUAACAUUAUACUACAGUAUGGGUGGAGAUAGAUACUGGUAACAUUAUACUACAGUAUGGGUGGAGAUAAAUACUGGUAACAUUAUACUACAGUAUGGGUGGAGAUAAAUACUGGUAACAUUAUACUACAGUAUGGGUGGAGGUAAAUACUGGUAACAUUAUACUACAGUAUGGGUGGAGAUAAAUACUGGUAACAUUAUUCUAAGGUAUGGGUGGAGAUAAAUACUGGUAACAUUAUUCUACAGUAUGGGUGGAGAUAGAUACUGGUAACAUUAUACUACAGUAUGGGUGGAGAUAGAUACUGGUAACAUUAUUCUACAGUAUGGGUGGAGAUAAAUACUGGUAACAUUAUACUACAGUAUGGGUGGAGAUAGAUACUGGUAACAUUAUACUACAGUAUGGGUGGAGAUAGAUACUGGUAACAUUAUACUACAGUAUGGGUGGAGAUAGAUACUGGUAACAUUAUACUACAGUAUGGGUGGAGAUAAAUACUGGUAACAUUAUUCUACAGUAUGGGUGGAGAUAAAUACUGGUAACAUUAUACUACAGUAUGGGUGGAGAUAAAUACUGGUAACAUUAUUCUACAGUAUGGGUGGAGAUAAAUACUGGUAACAUUAUUCUAAGGUAUGGGUGGAGAUAAAUACUGGUAACAUUAUUCUACAGUAUGGGUGGAGAUAAAUACUGGUAACAUUAUUCUACAGUAUGGGUGGAGAUAAAUACUGGUAACAUUAUACUACAGUACGGAAGGAACUGAUUACAUUGGGUUGGACAUUUUUAUUGGUGCAGAUUUCAUUUUUAUGAUGUCAUAGACAAGAUAUAUUAUCUGACAGUAUACAGUUACACAUUGCGUAAAUGUUCUUAAGUUAUGAUAAACAAAAAUUAUUCAUGAACUACUUAAUGCAUUCUAAUUUCAAAGCAUAAUUAAGAUCCUCUGGAGUAUUAUGUUAAACAAUAGCAGUUAUCACUUUCAAAACAUGAAAUUGUUAUAGAAAAAUGAUUUUUUUUGCCUAUCAUCAAUCUCUGGUACCUGUUUUACAUAGCCUAGUCUCUGUCAUAAAUAAGGGUGUUAUGAGUUGUGUAACAAGCAUUAGAAUCCCACUACCAGUAGUUACAGCAUGUUAAGGCCACUGCUUUCUCUGAUGGCAGUAUGAUUUACAUAUAUCCCCCAUUUAACCUGGCUCGAAUCAAAAUUAGCAUAAUUUUAUAGGAUGAGGCGAAAUGUAUAUAAAGGGGAAAAUUCAUAUCAGGAAUAAAAAUCUAUAUUAUGCAAGAAUAUUUAAGUGAUAUUUUGUAUUUCAUUCGAGAUAGCACAGGUAGAAAUGUGUUUUGUGUGGAGAGAAUUUCAUUUAAAAGUAGAGUGAAAAGUGUGAAGACUACCUUGUGUUUAUACCUAUAUUGUGCCUCUCUCUUUCUCAGGCUUAGCAGCAUUUUAUGUCUAGGUUGUGUGCCUGUUUGCUGUAUUAUUAGCAUUGGUGAAUACUGAAUUAAGCAUUUUUUUACACUGACAGCUUUUAUAUGGUUGUUUAUUCCGCAAAGUAAAACAAUGAAGCUUGAA